AUGAUGGAUCAAUACAAAAUAGACACAAAUCAGCUGAUAUCUGAAAUUCACAAGCGACCAGCUCUUUGGAAUAAUAAAGAUGUACUUUAUCACAAUCGGGAUUCAACAAAUUCCAUGUGGACGGAGUUAUCAUCAAUGUUUAAAUGUCCAAAAGCUGUAUUGAAAUCAAAAUGGAAAGGUUUGCGAGAUACUUUUCGAGGAGAGUUAAAAAAAGAGCAGACACCAUGCAAAAAUAAAUAUUCGACUAGAAAUCGAGCAAUGUGGACCCACUACAAAAAUUUACUGUUCCUAAAAGACCAAAUGUUACCAAGACCGCCAAUUUGGGAGCGUGAAGAUAAUAAAAAUAACAAGUGCGUAAAAAGUAAAACUUACUGUAAUAAUAAUAAUCACAAGCAACUGAAAAAGUUGUUUAAUAUUGUUAUCGAGCGUAAAAAUUUAUCAUCGGUGAACGGCCAAAGUGUAAACCAGGAAGAACUUACUGAAGAUAUUGUUAAAAAGCCAAUAAAAAUAAAUUUAACAACGCCUGAUAAUGAGCCAUCAAGUAGAACAAUGCAUCCGGUUAUUGCCACUCCAGAUAACGAAUAUGUUGAGGCGAUUGUUAAAAAAGAGCCGAUUGACAUCGUGGAUAAUGGGGAGUAUCGAAAUAAUAUCGCUGAUAAUUACAACAAUGAAGAAGAAAGAGAAAUAAAUGGAAGUGAAGAAAUAUUUGAGACCGUAUUGCCGGAACAAGUGUUUCCAAGUUUUGCUGAAGCUUCAAUGGCCGAUCAAAAUCGUCAGGAUGAUAAUUACCACUUUUUAAUGAGUCUUUUGCCUCAUAUCAGAACAUUGCCAGCUGAGCGGCGAAUGUUACUAAGAAUCCAGAUGCAGGAACUUGUUUACAAGGAAGUCUACAAGAAGAAUAUAAACACAGAUUGUUAA